UAAAACUACCAAACCCAGAAGGCACCGCGCACCCCGAAUGGGAGGAGCGGAGAGCUAGAGGGCGGGACGAGAAGGCCUUCCGGAAAGGAUUCAAAUUCCAAGGGCUGAAAUCGCGGGAGGAGCCGGAUCCGCGGCUUUUUAGGUGACCAAUGAAGACAGUUGACUAAAAUAUCAAACUAUGUAGGCAACGUCCCCCGAGAACAGUAAUUUGAAAGUGCCAAGUCCAGCAUGAAUGCCACAGAGACUGAACAGGGAAGAACAGCGAGUCAAAGUAGCUUUGAUCGGCUGCCUCCAGAAGUCACUUAUAAAAUCUUCAGCCAGUUAGACGUUCAGAGUUUGUGCAGAGCUUCCGAGACAUGCUGGGCUUGGAAUCGCAUGAUAAGGAACAGUGAUGCCUUGUGGAAGCCUCACUGCUUGACCGCAAGAGCUGUGUGCCCGAGAGAAAUUGAUGGUGACAUCGAAUGCGGUUACACCUGGCAGGCGACACUCCUAAGAAAUUACGAGAAGAGUAAAGUGAAGCACGCGUGGCUCAGUGGAAGAUACAGCAACAUCCGUUCUCCUGUUCACCUGCCGAAAAGGUGCAUGUGCCCGAUGGAUGCGGAGACAUGGGGAGAAAUUCUGACUGCAGAACUGGAAAGAUAAGUUGAAUAAUCUCAGUAGACCUCGUGGCUUUGAUCUCACAUAACUGAAGUGACUCGGACUGCAAGAGAGACCUUUUAAAAUCUGAUAAUGUUUUUCUCAGUUUUUUUAAAAAAUCUAGCAUUUAAAAGAAAAGUAAGUUGACCGUGAAGCUUUGUUUGUAUUUUGCACUUUAGCUAAAGGUUUUUCAGGUUUUAUGCAGUGAGAAAUCUUGAAAUGUUAUUUUUAUUAAAAAAAAAUAGCAUGAUAGGAUGAUUUUUGAGAUGUGCUGUUUCAUGUAUUUGUGCUAGACUGUUGUAUUUCUUUAAGUGAUAGAAUUUACUGUUAUUUUCUAUUUAAUCCUUCAAGAAUUCAGGGGCUCCCUGAAGAAACGUACUAAAGGAUUCAUUAUAAAUCGGUAUAGAUACAGACUUGUCUGACUUAUACCAAAUGAGAGUAGUUGCAAUGUAUGUAGAUUAGUAAUAAAAUUCCAUGCUGAUAACACUUUUCAAUUCAGUGGAGCAGGCUGAAUUGUCAAAUAAUGAAAGCUAUUUUAAAAUGUGUUGAACCUAAGGUUUGUUUACACUUGAUCUGGUCUUGAGUUGAAACUCAAAUUAAGCUUUACAUUAUCUUUCUAGGAACCUAAAAUUGGUCUCAGAAACUGAGACUGUGUUUGAAAAGCUGCAGAACUCUUAAGGAUGAUUGGAACCACCAAAAGUGGUUCACCUUAGUCAACUACAUCCGACAUCCUGGUCGCGCCACCUAGUGGACUCCUAGAUGCUUGUCCUUACUUGAGACCGUGUCUUCUUCACGCCCUGUUUGAUCUUGUUAAAGUGUAUCUUUGCAAGAAGGGGCCUUUUUUCAACUCUGUUUCUUUUUUUCACAAAAGGAGAUUUUGUAACAGCAUUUCCUCUAACAGGUUAUACCACUUGAAUCUGUAAGCCAUAGUAAAAUGUGUCUACAGAAUCGUCACUCACAUGGAGUUUUCUAUAGUCAUUAUGCUUUACCUUUCUGUUGCUGUUCUGUUUCUACCUGCUAGGAGUAGACUGAUUUAGUCCUGCUCUGGAUGCACUAUUUGGAUGUGUGAAGACAGCCGGCCUGUCUCUUCCUAUUGUCUUCUCCCCCUUCUUUCUGAUAGCCACAUGCCAUACUUUCUUGACCAAGCAGCGCAGUCUGCUGCUCGUGCCCCUUAACAAAGGUGUGGUUGGGGAGGAAGAUAGCCUGCUGAUUUCCUUAGGAAGAGAUGAUGGAAAAGCACUUUGAAAUCUUGAGACCCCAGAAGGGAAUCAGUUAAGCACUUAUGGCACGCCUACUGCGUGUGCAUGCGGGGGUUGUGGGCCGUGUCCUGUGACGAGCUUUCUGCCUUUCUCCUCUCUCUGCUAGGAAAGAAUGGCCCAACGAGGGGGAAUCAUCCCCCACUCACGGCACCCUCUCUGUCAGCCUCCGUGUUGAGGCUCAGAGUGGAACAUGCCUGAAACUGCCUCUUUCUUAAGCUGGAGGACAAAAGGGAUGGCACCGUUUCCUACCACACAGAGAAGAGGCCCUCAGUCAGAGAGCACACAGCCAGCAGAAACAAAGGAAGCAGGAGAGAGGGUGAUGGUAACAGCUGAUUCGGUCAGUCCCCUUGUCUAAACAGCGUAAAUUGCACUAGAAACCCUGCCCUACCAUAGGGCUUUCUUACUGUUGGACAAGUGUGUGACACUUGUGGUUUACGUUGGUGUCUUAGUUUUGCACUCGGAACCCUACCUGCGGGGCUCCCUUUGCCUAUUUUUCAAGGAUGUGAUCCUUGUGGUUUUGGUUAGUGUCUUUGUUUUAGAGAUCUUAGCCCUUGCUUUGACUCCUUCCCUUAGUCCUAUUGAUUCUGUGUCCCAAAGGCAAUCCCUUGCCUCCGAUGUCCCAGCAUUCAUUUCUUUUUCCACCUUCUAUAACUAUUCUUCCCACA